AUGUUGCUUGCCAAUGUUUUCUCCGGCUGCACAUAUGACGGAGACGAUGAUCGAUGUUUUCUAGUCGGAUUGGAUGGACACAUGUUGCUCGUCUUCAGAAAACGUACAAGCAUCUUCCCCGGUGUUCUCAGAUUUGACACCGUGACCCGCCAGCUCGUGCCUAUGUGGAGCAUCGGCAGGUUUGCCAUCUUCGUUGGGCAUCGGAGGUGUGUGGCUGUGGAUGCUGAUAAGUUCCCAGGCAUUGAGCCGAACUGCGUCUACUUCACUCGACAUCUGGAUCGGUCCGCUCGCAUAUGGAAGUAUAACUUCAAUUUGAUCCAAGUGAUAUCUGAAGAUGUCGAUUUCUUGGAGCAUGACGAUCAGUUUGUCCUCGUCGCCGACCGUCCUUUCACCAUCAUCCAUCUUCUCUCCAGCUACAUCAUUAACAUGCCAGAUUCUCAACUGCCCUUCUAA